CGAGGAGCCGCUGUCGGCGGGACUUCCGUGUUGGCGGGAUUCUGAACGCUGCCAUGGCUCAGACCGUGCAGAACGUUACAUUGUCGCUCACUCUGCCCAUCACAUGCCACAUAUGCUUGGGGAAGGGUUGUGUCAUUUGAAAAGAAAGAAAGCAUUUGAAAGUCUUUUGUAAAAUACGACUGUAUAAAUGUACGCCAGCCUGUCAUAUGCAUCAACAACCAUGUAUUUUGUUCAGUUUGUAUUGAUUUGUGGUUGAAGAAUAAUAGCCAGUGUCCAGCAUGCAGAGUCCCCAUCACUCCUGAAAAUCCUUGCAAAGAAAUUAUUGGAGGAACAAGUGAAAGUGAACCUAUGCUAAGCCAUACAGUCAGGAAGCACCUUCGGAAAACUAGACUUGAGUUACUCCACAAAGAAUAUGAGGAUGAAAUAGAUUGUUUACAGAAGGAAGUGGAAGAGCUUAAGAGUAAAAAUCUGAGCUUGGAAUCACAGAUCAAGACUAUUCUGGAUCCUUUAACCUUGAUGCAGGGCAACCAAAAUGAAGACAAACAUCCAGUUGCAGAUAAUCCAAAUACAGUUGACCCAGAAACUAUAGCAGAGUGGAAGAAAAAGCUCAGAACGGCUAAUGAAAUCUAUGAAAAAGUAAAAGAUGAUGUGGAUAAGUUAAAGGAGGCAAAUAAAAAAUUGAAAUUGGAAAAUGGUGGCCUGGUGAGGGAGAACUUACGACUAAAGGCUGAAGUUGAUAACAGAUCACCUCAGAAGUUUGGAAGGUUUACAGUUGCUGCUCUUCAGUCCAAAGUUGAACAGUAUGAACGUGAAACUAAUCGGCUCAAGAAAGCCCUGGAGCGAAGUGAUAAGUAUAUAGAGGAACUAGAAUCUCAAGUCACACAACUAAAACAUUCAAGUGAAGAGAAGGAAGCUAUGGAUUCCAUUUGCCAGAGAGUACUUUCUGCAGAUGGCAAGAGGAUCAAGGAUAGUGAAGAGGAUAUGGUGUCAAAGAAUCAAUGUGACAAUGCCAGAACGCAGUCUGGCUCAUCCACCUCAAGUUCUCACCUGACAAAGCCUUCCAGCAGCAGACUGUCUGACACCAGUUCUGCCAGACAAGAAAGUACCAGCAAAACAGAGCCUAAUUCUUCUAAGAACAAAGACCUAUAUCAAAAACGGGUAGAAAUAAUGUUAGAUGUGACAGAUGCAAACAUGGAUGCUUAUUUGGAAAGAGAAUGGGGUAAUAAACCAAGUGAUUGUGUACCCUACAAAGAUGAAGAACUUUAUGAUCUUCCAGCUCCUUGUACUCCUUUGUCUCUUAGUUGCCUUCAGCUUAAUACUCCAGAAAAUAGAGAGAGCUCUGUAGUCAAAGCAGGAAGUUCCAGAAAGCACUCAAACCAUCUAAGAAAAUUGGUAUUUGAUGAUUUUUGUGAUUCUACAAAUGUUUGUAAUAAAGAUUCUUCAGAAGAUGAUAUAAGUAGAAGUGAAAAUGAAAAGAAAUCAGAAUGUUUUACUUCCCCAAAGACAGGAUUUUGGGAUUGCUGUUCUACAAGCUAUGCCCAAAGCUUGGAUUUUGAGAGUUCAGAAGGGAAUAACAUGGCAAAUUCUGUUGGAGAAAUAUCUUCAAAACUGAGUGAGAAAUCGGGCUCAUGUUUAUCCAAGAAGUUAAAUUCUAUUCGCUCUUUUGAAAUCAACCGGACACGGACAUCCAGUGAAGCAUCAAUGGAUGCUGCUUAUCUUGACAAAAUCUCUGAAUUGGAUUCAAUGAUGUCAGAGUCGGACAACAGCAAGAGCCCUUGUAAUAACGGUUUUAAGUCAGUGGAUUUGGAUGGGUUGUCAAAGUCAUCUCAAGGCAGUGAAUUUCUUGAGGAACCUGAAAAGUUGGAAGAAAGAACUAAACUAAGCCUUUCCAAAGGUUCUCUAACUACUGAUCAGUUAGCAAAUGGAAAUGAAUGGAAACCUGCUUCUUUUUUUCUCCUCUCUCCAUCUGACCAAGAAAUGAAUGAAGAUUUUUCACUCCAUCCCACUUCUAAUCCAGGAACUAAUGAAAUUAAACCACCCAGUUGUUUGUUUCAGACAGAAUUUUCCCAGAAUGUUUUGUUAAGCAGUUCACAUCGACUUUUUGAAGAUCAAAGGUUUGGGUCAUCUUUGUUUAAGAUGUCCUCAGAGAUGCAUGGUCUUGGUAACCACCUUCAGUCUCCUUGGUCUACUUCCUUUGUGCCUGAAAAGAGGAAUAAAAAUAUGAAUCAGUCAACAAAAAGAAAAAUCCAGAGCAGCCUUUCCAAUGCCAGCCCAUCUAAAGCAACUAAAAGUUGACUCUUUAGAAAGCUGUCCUUCGUGUUUUUGUUCCAAGAGAAAUAUGAAAGUUUUUAAAAGUUGUUUUUCCCCUUGUAAAAGCUCUAUACAGUAUUGAAUUAAGUGAGAAUGGUGGAUUAACUUGUACCAGAAUAUUUUUGUUCAUUUUGAAAAGACUUUGGUUUUUAUUCUUAUUUAGGAAGCUUUAGACCAGAGAAAGUUGAGGUUUUUUUUGUUUGUUUGUUUGUUUUUUGUUUUUUGUUUUUUUUUUAAUGAACAUUAUAUAUAUCUGGGUUGGGUAUAUUUUUCUUUACUGUAAUCUUAUUUAACAGAUACAAAGGCCUGUCAGUGAGCCUCAGUUGUCUUCAGAACUUGGAUUUCUUGAAGCUUUUAGUAUUGUCUCUAUAGUGCUCAUAAAGAGAAUUGGGUUCCUUUAAAGCUUUUCCUAGUAUGAAAAUUAUUUUGUCUGCCCUUUUUUAUUUAUGUUAAUGUUGGCCUAAUUUUAUGAAAGACCGUGAUGGAAAAAUAGCACUCUGACCUUAGCCCAAUGUUCAUUUACUGUUUUUAAGGUUAUAUGUAUAUGUUUGCAUUUUUUUAACAUUCUGCUUUGUAUAGUUUUUGUGAAAACCUUCUGCUAGUGUAAAAGAAUACAUUUUUGUAUGAAAAUACUCAUUUUAUAUCAGCCUAUAUUUGCUCAUCUUUUAUGUGUAUGGAGCAGUUGGUUUUAGAGGAAUUUAAAUAUCAUACCCUCUCAUUGUUGCAGGUAUAUAGGUAUGAAAGCACUCAUUGCAAGUAUUAAUUCACUUGUAUCCCAAGGGAGGUUUUUUUCUUUUAAUUUGUGCGUGUGUGUUUGCGUGUGUGUGUGUCUUUGUCUGUGUUUGUGUGUGUUUGAGUGAUAAAGGUCUUGCCUGCAUGUUACUGUUCUUUGUGGAAACUGUGUGCAUGGUAGCAUUUUUGCUUGCUAUUUUCCAUACUUAAAGAAAAAGAAGUUUCGGUUGGCUAAUAGAAUAGCUUUUAUGUAGGACAAACUUUUUUGUUUUAUGGAGAGAAUUGAUGGGGGGGAGGAUAGGUAAGAGUUAAGCACAAUUUUUAAUUUAGGCUUUGAAAAACUGUAUUAUUCUAAACGUGUUUGGUCUGUUUAAAAAUGGGUUUGUAUGCUAAUGACUUGUUUAUCUAAUGUGCACUGAACAUUUUACAUUAAUACCAUAUUGUUUUCAUUAAUACUGCAUGUUUUUCUAUGUGAAUUGAAUAAAGAAUGUCAUAAGUGUUA